AUGGGCUUUGACCGCAAAGACGUGGCCUUGGCCGUGGCAGGUGGCACUCUAGUUGGCCUCCUCUGGUGGAGCUUCCGACGCCGAUAUCGAGCUGAUCCCCCGUUCCGCUACAGCCAAGCGGAUUCCAAGCAUCGUUUCGCUCUCUUGGUCGGCAAUGGGUCUUACCAUAACUAUCCAGAUGUCGCUUGCACCAUUGCAGACGUGGAGCUGAUCGGCGAGACGAUCAAGCGGAAGGGAUUCGAUGUCAUGCCUCGUCUGAACUGUACAUUUCGCGAGCUUGACCGCGCCCUCCAAGAAGUCAAAGACAAAGUGUCAGGACAGCACUGUGAAGUCUUACUAUUUUACUUUGCAGGCCAUGCCGUGGAGGCAGAUGGCCAGAAUGCCUUGCUUUGCCUUGACAGCGACCCCAACUACCUACAUGAAGAGCACACCUUGUACAAGGUCUUUUCUAGUUUGGUGGAAUCUUCUUCCAAGGAUACCAAAAUCGUGGCCAUUCUUGAUUGCUGUCGUAGUCCGGAACCCAAGCUUCGGCCGACAUUAACCGUGAGGUUUCCCAAACAUGGGCAGUUUUAUGUGAUGUUUGCAUGCGGAUCGGGACAGACGGCCGAAGAAAGCAGGUUCAGCAGACAUGGCACUUUUACCGAAGAGCUUGCGAACUGGAUUGAUCGACAGUCCAAGUUCAACAUCACGUCAGAGAGUUUCUCCGAGUUAGCCAAUGCUGUAAGAACGCGCACGCACACACUACAGAUUCCAGAGCUUCUUUGCAGAUCCUUCAAGCGGUGGCCAAAUCAGAUACGGAAUGUGCCGCGCCGCAACAAACAUUUCGUAGGUCGCAAGAAGCUGCUGGAAGAUCUCGCAUCUCGAGUGUUCAAGAAGCCGGGCUUGCUAUGCUUGGUUGCAACAUCCGGUCUGGCCGGUGUGGGGAAGAGUCAGUUGUUGGUCGAGUUUCUGCACACCCAGUGCAACAGCAAGAGCAUCGUGUGGUGGUUGAACGCAGAAGACGAGCUUGUUUUACAACAGGGCCUUGCGGAUCUAGCUAUGCGAGCAGGAAUUGUUACGGAAGCAGAGGGCAGACACGAGUUGCGUGCUGCUGCCCUCAAAGCUGUCCGCGCUUUGGAUGAGGAGCUUGAGAGUUGGGUCUUGGUUUUUGACAAUGCGAAGGAAUAUCAGCUCGUGAGAGAAUGGAUUCCCUCCCAGGGCGGGGUUGUUCUAGUCACGUCUCGCAACCCGCACUGGGACAGUACAAUUUCAAUCCCUGUGUUCUCUCCGGAUGAGUCGGUCGAAUUGCUCAAGAGCCUUCUGGGAGAAACUGCACAAGUAGAAGGAGCAGCAGAAGUUGCGAAGAUGCUCGGAUAUCAUCCUCUAGCUCUUGCCCAGGCCGGUGGCUGGGCUCGCGAGACGAACAUGGGCCUUCUCAAGUACAAGCAGCUUUUGGAAUGCAGCGAGGAGCGUCGCCAUCUCUUGCAGUCUGCACCAGAUUCUUUGAGACAUCAAGAUUACAAGGCCACCAUAGCAUCGACAGUGGAUCUGGCAAUCAGCGACUUGUCCAACCCACUCGCGGCAAAUAUUUUCGAUGUUUGCACAGUUAUGUCUCCAGACAAGAUACCCUACGAGUUCCUCUGGCUCUUCUACAAAAACCUGGUCCACAAGGCAGAAAAGGUGGCAACGGAAGCUGAGUUCUCAGCAGUCCUGAAGAAGGUGUGCGACCAUUCGCUGAUAACUGCAGCCGAAAAUCAUGCCUAUGAUAUUCACCGUCUGGUUCAAACUGUGCGACGAGACACCCUGCUUGCUGACAACACUGCCAGCGCAGGCCAGAACAUGCUUUUGAUUGCUAUUGCAACUGCGGCAAGCCUGUUCGAUUUCGAUUUGCUGCAGAACCUUGAUUCUGUCCGAGAGGACCCGUCAAGGGACUACGCAAGUUUGGUGCCUCACUGCCUCUCUCUAGCCGAGUUUGCUCGAGAGUUUGGUGUCGAGGGCUCGGAAGAGCUGGCGGUUCUGCAGAUCAAUGUCGCCGAGUACUUGUUCGAAGUGUGCCGGAAGGGCGAGCGUGCCACGAAGCUCCUGAAAGAAGCUCAGCGAAAGCUGACCUCAGAUGUCUUGAAGCUCAAAGCGACUGUGCUGCUUGCCCGGUUUACGUAUGCGGAAAGCAUCGAACUCCAGAACGACGUCUUGGUCCAGCUGGAGGAAGCCCUGCGAGAUUUCGACCUGCAAGUGGAUGUCAAAGAUCACGUGUACGAAAUCCAUGGGUACAACACAGCUGCAUGCUUUCAUGCAUAUGUCGGUCGUUUCGAUAAAGCUGAAAGCUGUCUGAAGAAAGCCGAGCGACUUCUAUCCACGCACACAGAUCGCAGUCCCAGCCUGCUGGAGGCAAGUUUCCAUGAGGCUAGCUCAAUCAAGGAGGACCGUCGUGGCGAUGCAGACAAAGAGGCUAAACAUGUGCGGCAGAUGUAUACCAUCCGCAAACAUCUGUUGGGUCAGAACUCGUUUCUCACAUUACAUGCACUCCGAGAUCUGGUUGUUUCGCUGUCGGACACGGAUCCAGCGCAGGGCGUUGAACUCGCGAAUGACCUUGUGCGUGCCGUGGAGAAUGUGAUUGGAGCCGAACAUCCCGAGGCAGCGGUUGCAUAUAGGGCAGCUGCCAUGUGUGCCUUUGAGGCGGAGAAGCUCAGCCUUGCCCGACAGUACAUCGAGAAAUCACUCAAAACACUUCCACCCGACUGGGAUCAGGAGUUUCGCUCGAGGUGCUUAAGCCUGCAGAUCGCGAUUGAUCUAGACUUAGCACGAAGCCAUGGACAUGCAGUACCUGAGGCAGACAUAAACAAGGCGGUAGAUGAGCUCAAGCGUGCAGUCCGUUUGAGGGAGGAAAGCUCUCCGAUAGGCAUCACGAUGAUCAAGCUGCUGUCAUAUUUGGCAUUGGCACAAGCUCUGGCUGGUCGCUGGUCAGAUGCAAAAGCAACUGCGGAUCGUGCCUUUCAGAUGGCCGAACCGAUGCGCCCUAACUACAAGCAGUAUGCUGUGUUGGCAAAGGCAGAGGUGUAUGCGCUGGAGGGUAGCCACCCCGAAGCUGAGCGGUGGUUCCAAAUGGCAGAAGAGAUAAGCAUGCACUGGCCGGAGGAGCACCCAUUCAGACAUCGUGUUACCAGAUCGAGAAGUCGAAUCCCGGCGAUUACGAGAUCCGGUUUUCUUCCUGCCGACUGGGUGACUUGGGGCUGUUUGGGUAAGUGGCAUUUGCCGCCGGCCCAGCCGGAGAUGCUGCUUUCGUCCACGGAGCAUCGCUGA